UCCGACCGGUUUGCAAUCGAGAUUGGCUCUGGAAUCGAUAAAAGUCUGCUACUACAUUACAGACCAGUUUUGCAUUUUUGGACCAUGCAGGGAAGUGGUCUUUCAUCAGGGCAUCUCCUCUGUUUCUUGUCGUUGAUGAUAUUGAAUCUCAACGAUGCCUCGGCUGAACAGAUCUCUCGGCCUCCAUAUAACGCCGAUGAGCAACUUCUUUCCGACAGUAGAGCUUCAGUUUCCCUUGGCGAAUUGGAGGUGACAGAAGGCGGUUCGGCUAUCCUGCCAUGCGAUAUGAGUCUGCCAUCACUCGACGAUGCCAUUUACCUUGUCGUUUGGUUCCUGGAACCCAACAAGAAACCCAUCUACACGUUUGAUGCCCGUGGAAAGCCGCUUUCAAUGGGCCGACGUUGGUCGGAGGUCGUCUCGUUUGGACUGCGGGCUGAUUUUCGCUUCGCUCUUCACGGACAAAUACCCAGCAAAGGGCAUUUAAUCAUUAACGGAACUACUUUAUCUGAUGAAGGCAUCUACCGUUGUCGCGUUGAUUUCAAGAAUUCGCCUGCGCGUCAUUUCCGAGUUCAGUUAAAUGUCACAGUUCCACCGUCUGAGCCGAAAAUCACGGACGAAACGGGCCGCGAAGUGCGUUCCACAAAAUUCGGGCCGCUGAGGGAGAGGCAAUGGGCCGUGCUGCAGUGUCAUGUGACGGGAGGCAAACCAUCUCCAGAGGUUGAAUGGUACAGCAAUGGCAAACGUUUCGCUUCAUCGACCGGCCUGGAAAUGCAUAACGGCCUACAACUCGGUCUAUUGAACGACCAGCAGAACGACUAUUACCCUUUCCUGCAGCAGAGAACCAUAGUCAGAGAGAUCCGAAUCGGUCCUCUUAAUAGGUCCCACCAGGAUGCACGAUUUACCUGCAAAGCUUCCAACAGUGUCAACAACGCGCCCAAAAUUAAAACAGUGGCGCUGGACAUUCAUUUGCCGCCUUUGAAAGUGGAUAUCUCCAAGAUGGAAACCCGAUUCGUGGCGGGCGAGGGUAGUGAGAUCCGUUGCCAAACAUUCGGAUCGCGUCCAGCUGCGUCCAUUAGCUGGUGCAAAGACGAUGUUUGCCUGCCGGAUUCUUCUUACAAGGUAUUCGAUGAUGAAAACGGUAACGUGACGACCAGCCUUUUCAGGGCUAACUUUAGCAAAGAGGACCAUGGUAAACCGCUAACUUGUCGGGCUUCCAAUCGCCUGUUGCAAGCCAGUGCCAUCGAGGACUCCAUCCGACUGGACGUUCAAUUCCCUCCGAUGGCCACGUUGCGUCUGGGCCCGACGCUUAAUGCCGAGUCGAUCAAAGAAGGUGACGACGUCUAUUUCGAGUGCUCCAUUCAAGCUUAUCCGGACGUGACUCGCCUAGUGUGGAAACACGAGGAUCGCAUUCUUGUGUAUAACGCCAGCGCCAAGAUCAUCAUGUCCAACCAAAGCCUGGUGCUUCGUGGAAUAACUCGCCAACGGAGCGGCAACUACAAGUGCGUCGGCAUCAAUUCUCGAGGUGAAGGGUCCAGCAACCUGGUCUUGCUUACUGUGCGUUACACUCCCGUGUGUCGAUAUCCGGUGACGAACAUACGCGGAGCCGAGCGGGGCGAAUUCCUCAACCUUUCGUGCUCUGUUGACGCUCUGCCACGUCCCAUCAAAUACAGAUGGGCGUUGAACACGACGCGUGGCUGGAAGGAGAUCCCUACCGGAUCAUCAUCUUCGGCCGGAACGAGCCCUUUAGCAAUUUUGGCCACGUCUAGCAACGAGGAAAUACUACGUUUCCGUCCCGAAUUAGAAGCGGAUUUCGGGACUUUGGCAUGUUGGGCCUAUAGCGAUCUCGGCUGGCAGCAAGAUCCUUGUCUAUUUCGCUUCUUUCCUGCAGGUCCGCCCGAGAGUUUGUCGAAUUGCAGCGUGCUCAACCAAACAGCAGAUAGCAUUCAAGUUUCAUGCAGUCCAAAUGACGAUGGCGGCUUGAAGCAAACUUUUCAACUGCAGGCAAUGGAUGUGAUGACGGGCCAGCCACAACUAACGCUUCAAUCGGACACGGUGGCAGAAUUCUGGCUCACCGAUUUAGAACCCGGAUCCACUUUUAUGCUCUAUCUAUACGCAGUCAAUGUCAAGGGAUUGAGCCAGCCCGUGGUUUUACCCGUUUCGACGCUCAAAGAAGCGGCGAAACGGACAGUUCCACCAUCGACAGAUCCAUUCUCCGGCAGUGUGGCCGGCGCUGUAGCCAUGGGCACAGGAGCCGGAUUCCUGCUCUUGACCACCGUAGUAGUGGUGGCUUGUCUCCGUUGCCGGAAGACACGGAACGACGCAACGAUGGCAACGACGUCCGCAACCGGGCUAGCUGGCCAAGGCCAGUAUCACCAGCAAGUUCAACUGAACAGCAACGGGAUCAAUCACCAGUCAGCCAAAAGCCGGCCAGCUCACACAAACGGUGAGUUAGUUAGCGAAAAGCCAAUGGAGUCGUUUAAUGCUCACGAAGAUAACGGCACUGCUGGUUUCUAUCCGCGACCAGCUAGAACGUCAGCGGCCCCAUUUGUUGGGAGCAAGGGUAACUGUUUGAAAUUGCCACCAGACUAUGUGGUGACAAUGUCGGGAGCACCUGAGAGCUGCGUCUGAUUUUCUCGACUGUUUCUUGUUUAUUUAUUUUUUUUUGUAUCGUUUUUUAUUGUUCUACUUUCUAUGUUGUAUUCCCUGAAAACGACAGCGGUACGUUGUCGCAGUGCACACGUUAACCAAAUGAUGUCAGUGAAUAAGUAAGCAUCAAUCUCAAAUUGAAUAGACGCGUCUAUAAGUCCAUUGUUCCUUUACUCCAUUUUCUCAUGCUCUGUUGUUUUCUCCGUUCACGUACACACAAUAUUGUACCUUUAUGUAAUGUUGAAAACAUUCUAAUCAGUGAUCAUUGGGACAUUUAUUUUUCAUACCCGCGUUCAAAGUAUCUCUAUUGCGCUCCCUAUGGAUGUAGCCAGUGACUGCACCAUAAAUGAUGUACAUAGAAAGACAUGAUGAAAAUGUACCAUGAGAAAGAUUUUACGGUGAUUCUUCGGAGCUUGAUUCCUUCGUGUUAUUAUCAUUGAACAAAAACAAAACAAAACAAGAAUAUUUUGUUUUUUUGCGCACAAAAAACAAGGUUGUUCAUG